UCUCUCUCACAAUUAACUCUGUGGAAUACCCACCUCAACCCCGACUGGGUUGGGCUCUAGCUUCUUUUUGAGGUGUGAUUUGGAUUCCAAUCCUUUAAACCCUCACUCUUAUGCUUAAUUCUGCAUUUUCAGACAUUUUAGUACUUCCAUAGCUGAUGGAUCUUAGUUCUAAUGGAAUACAGAGCUGGCAGGCAUGAUACGAAGAGGCUGGCUAUUACAGGCGGUCUCAUCGGACAAAUUCAGUCAGGACAAGAUAGCACCCAACUUUCUAUUAACGAUAAGUGCAAGUUGCUAAAUUGGGAGGGCACAAGUGAAGUAGUGGCUAGAGGACACAUUUCUGAUAUUCACCCUGAAUCAAAAGUGCAUGGCUACAAACUUGGACCUGACUGUUAUAGAAUUUCUAUUGAGGAAGUUAUCAUGCCUGGUGCUGUAUUUUAUCGAAGUCAACCCGAAUUUGUGAUUAUGGAAGAUGCACUUGGAAGUACUGUUGCUUGGCCGAUUAAGUACAUUGUCUCUGACAAUUGAAAUUGUAUAUGCAACUAGUUUUGUUUUUUUGUUUUUAACUUUGAAUUGAAAUAGUAUAAGCAGCUAUAUAUAUAUAUAUAUAUAUAU